AUGUUUUUCCAUCCUUUCCUUCUCGCCUGCCUCAUUAACAUAAUUAAAGGAAGAAUAGUUUCAAGCCUUCUUCUCCACAUUUACGUUCUCUACUUGCUAAAUUUUCUUCCAUCAUGCCUUGCUUUGUUCGUUCGUUCCUUCGUUCCUUGCUUCCUUCCUUCCUUCUUUACUUACUUAUUCAUUUUCUUUAUCUUCCUCCAUCCGUACUUGUCUUUCUCUCUUUUCGGCAUACUACGGAUCUCUUACUUUCUUACCAUUUUCCUUUCUUUUCCCACUCUUCAUCCUUGCCUCUGCAUCAUUUUUUCCCCUCCUUCCUUUAAGAAUUUCCUAUCCCGUCCUGUCAAGCCCUCUCCACCAUUUUUAACUUUAUUCGUUGCCAACCCUCUCUCUUCCUUCCUUUGUUCCCAUCUUUCCUUCCUUCUGAAUUCAUCAAUUCCUUCUCUCACCAAACUUAAUUUCCUUUGUUCAGUCUCUAAUCAAAUUCAUCUUCCGCGUAACACAAACUCCAAUGCAAAAGAAUUCGCAUCUUAG